CUCUCUCUCCAAUGCUCCAACAAGUUGGUCUGUAUGUUGCUAUUGGCUAUGUACACUGACGGACAGCCCACAGAAAAUGCUGAAUUGUUCUGUAAGUGUCUGGAGGAGGCAUCCACUGACUUCAGAUAUGGGAAAGCCUACCUGAAAGGACUGAGAUAUGCAGUGUUUGGCCUGGGCAACUUGGUGUAUGGCAUCCAUUACAAUACGCUGAGUAAGAACAUGGACAAGUGGCUGAGUGGCAUCCGUGUUCUGUCCAGAGGAGAUGGCAACUGCAACGUAGUGAAGAGCCACAAUGGCAGCGUGCAUGCUGACUUUCUGGUCUGGAAGACCAAGUUCCUGAGCUGCCUGCAGGCCCUGGUUGCAGGGCAGAAGAAGGCCUGUAGUGGAAACUGUAAGAUGGGCAGCUCCAGUAAGACCAUGAACAGGAAGAAACCACAGGAGAAGACUGAGGACGAUCAGCCUCCUGUUAACCAGGAGGAGCUGGUAGAGUCCGGUAGUGAUGAGGAGACAGCUGGGUCAGAAGAGAAUAACCCAUGCUCAGUCAUCUAUGUGGAGGAUCUAGGAAACAUCUUGAACGGCAUCAAGAACGCCAAGGCUCCAUGGGGACACCAGGAGAAGAGAGAGCAGAGCCAGGAGGAUGGACAGAUUGUGAAACUGUCCAGGCUGAACGGAAUGAUGAAGGCUGAGGAAAAGGAGGAGAGGGGAGAGUUGAUCACUGCUGCCCUGAGGGAGGCCCUGACUAAGCGAGGAUACAAACUCAUAGGACGUCACUCAGGAGGCAAGAUUUGUCGUUGGACCAAGGUAAAUCCAUGGCUAAGAGGAAGAGGAGGUUGUUACAAGCACUCCUUUUAUGGCAUCGAGUCCCACAGGUUUAUGGAGUCCACCCUUAGCCUCGUCUAUGCCAACAAGCUGGAGCUCUGUCCCGACAGACACCACACUAACCCGGUGGGCACAGAGUGGCGCUGGAAGAUGGACCUGCCUGAGAAGAUACUACUGGAGGCUGUGGAGAACCACCAGAACAUGUUGAAAGAGUAUUUGGGAUUGUUGGUCCACAAGGACCAGUCUUACUGUGUACCUGAUCGCUCUAUUGUUGACAAUUUGUUUCUGAUAAGAGAUGUUUUAGACAUUUGUAAACUGUCUUGAUGUAAAUGUGGGUUUACUUUCGUUGGAUCAGGAGAAGGCUUUUGACCGUGUGGACCACCAGUACUUGUUUAAAACAAUGAAAGCCUUUGGGUUUGGGGAUGUUUUUUUGUCGUGGAUGAAUUUACUGUAUGCUGGGGCCUCGUGUAUGGUGAAGGUGGGGGGUGGUUUGAGCUGCCCAAUCCCUGUCCAAAGGGGCAUCAGGCAGGGAUGCCCAAUUUCAGGGCAGUUAUACAGUCUGGCGAUUGAACCAAUGCUUUGUUUUUUAAGAGCGAGGCUUACUGGUUUCUCUGUGCCAGGUGUAAUGAAGGGUCCCACGAUAGCACUGUCUGCGUAUGCAGAUGACGUGACAGUUUUUAUUACAGGGGCUGAGGAUGUUAAAGUUCUCUCAAAUGCUCUAAAGGUGUAUGAGGGGGCCUCCUCAGCUAGAGUCAAUUGGGGAAAGAGUGAAGCGCUGUGGGCAGGUCAGCUUCAGAUAGGGUCCACUCCACGGUUACCAGGGGGGCUUCAGUGGGGCAGAGAUGGGAUGAAGA